GUCAUAGAUCGUCGUGAUCAUCGUUGUGCACGUUGCGCGAGACUGCCUGUUGUGAUUCCUUUGUAAAUGUAAGAAGUUUGCAGUCGCGAUGGGGAUACUGGAAAAGAUCUCGGAGAUCGAGAAGGAAAUUGCGCGAACGCAGAAAAACAAGGCCACCGAAUACCAUCUGGGUUUGCUGAAAGCGAAACUCGCCAAGUACAGAUCUCAGCUGCUGGAGCCGGCGAAGAAGUCGGAGAAAGGUGAAGGUUUCGAUGUGCUGAAGUCCGGAGAUGCUAGAGUCGCGCUCAUCGGUUUCCCAUCAGUCGGCAAAUCUACUCUGCUCAGUACCUUGACGCAUACUGAAUCAGAGGCUGCGUCUUAUGAAUUUACUACCUUGACAUGUAUCCCUGGUGUUAUUGAGUACAAAGGUGCCAAUAUACAGUUGUUGGAUCUGCCUGGUAUUAUAGAAGGAGCUGCACAGGGAAAAGGACGAGGUAGACAGGUAAUAGCUGUUGCUAGAACAGCAGAUUUAGUCCUCAUGAUGUUGGAUGCAACCAAGCAGGAUGUUCAACGUCAGCUCCUGGAGAAGGAGCUGGAAUCAGUUGGAAUCAGAUUGAACAAAAAGAAACCGAAUAUAUAUUUUAAAGUGAAGAAAGGUGGUGGGUUGGCUUUCAACUCGACGUGUCCUCUCACAAAGGUAGACGAGAAAUUAGUCCAGAUGAUCUUGCACGAAUAUAAGAUCUUCAACGCAGAGGUGUUGUUUCGCGAGGACUGCAGCGCGGACGAGCUGAUAGACGUCAUCAACGCAAACCGAGUAUACUUGCCCUGCCUUUAUGUAUAUAACAAAAUAGAUCAAAUAUCGAUAGAGGAAGUUGAUCGAAUCGCUAGGCAACCCAAUAGUGUUGUAGUUAGUUGUAACAUGAAGCUAAACCUCGACUUCUUAUUGGAGACGCUGUGGGAGUAUCUGUGCUUGAUUAGGGUAUAUACAAAAAAGCCUGGGCAGCCACCUGACUUUGACGAUGGUUUAAUAUUGAGAAAGGGAGUCACCGUCGAACACGUGUGUCACGCUAUUCAUCGUACACUGGCUCAACAAUUCAAAUAUGCCCUUGUCUGGGGUACAAGUACCAAAUAUUCACCUCAAAGAGUGGGAGUGCAACAUGUGAUGCAUGAUGAGGAUGUCAUACAAAUAAUGAAGAAAUAAAUUCUCAUGAAAUUUGUAAAACACUGUUGAAGAUAAAACGCGGUUAGCAAUAUAGGCCUUACUUAGCCUUCUAUACAUUAAUACAUAAUACACAUAACAUACGCGCGCGCGUAUAAAUACAAACAAAUGGCUGACACCGAAAAUUUGUAAAAUUCAAAUUGUUUUAGAAUGAAUGUAUUUGAAUCACAUAUUUUAGGAAGCUUGUGGCCCUUACGAUCACAGUUACAAUAAAAUUUUUAAAAAUAAA